CGCGACCUCGGCCGUUCAAGCCGUCGUUCCGUCAUCGUCUUCGCCAGCCAGCGCAAGACGUCACAGCUCCCCGAACACCGAGAGUAGAUCCGGUAGAUACCGCCGUAACGUCGUAGAUCUGGAAUCAUGGCCUCAACCACCGCUUCCCUCGUGGUCCGCCCCACCCACGCCGUGAGGACCCGCGCCAGGUCCCCAGCAUCGUCCGCAGCGCCCAAGUCCGCGGCCAUGUCCGGUCUGAGUGCUCCGGCGCCCGCGUUCCUCGGCGCUAAGCCCGCGCAGCUUUCUGCCGGCAUCACCGCGGGCCGAUCCGGUGCGGGCACCCGCAGCGUUGCCACAAUGGGCCUCUUCGGCCUUGGUCUCCCCGAGCUUGUGGUCAUUGGCGGCGUGGCGGCGGUGCUCUUCGGGCCCUCCAAGCUUCCGGAGCUCGGCAAGAGCCUCGGCAAGACGGUGAAGAGCUUCCAGGCGGCGGCGAACGAGUUCCAGGAUGAGCUCAAGUCGGAUAAGGAGGGCGAGGAGCAGCCCCCCAAGCAGAUCGAGGAGGGAGAGAAGAAGUCUGACUAAGAUUAGGGCGUGGUGUCGCGAAGUUUCAACCGACGAAAAGUGCUUCUGCUCUC